AUGGAUCCUUCCGAGCCGGACCAACUGUUCAGUAAAUUGAUGAUUUGGAUGAAAGCUUUACAUUUCACGUCGCUCAGUCUGGAUCCGAAAUGUCUUCGCAGCGGCCGUGCAUUUGGCGAAGUUUUACAUGGAAUUGACGAAGAGUUCUUUAAUGAAACUUGGAUUGAGAAAAUUGCACAAUACGACUCUGACUCCAACUGGAGAGUUAAGGCGAACAAUCUACGAAAGUUGACCCGUAGUCUCGGCGAAUACUAUGAUGAGCACGUUCAUAGAAUUGUGAAAGGAACUCCGUUACUCAACAUAGACGAAAUGGAAUUCGCCGAAGCAGGUUCUAUCAGGGAGAUGCUAAAAAUGGCCGUUCUUAUUGUUGGUGCCGCGUUUCUUGGCAGGAAGCAGGAAAAGUUUGUUGCUGGUGUAGCCGUUCUCGAUCCAGACGUCCAGAGUGGCGUCGCAAGUGCGAUACAAUCCAUAAUGGAUGGCUCCGAAAAGAGAGAAGUUCCAACACCGAUCGCACCCGAAGAAGUAUUGCCAGAUUUGAAACCGAACGGAGCUGUAAGCUCCAGCAGUAGCGAAGAACUUGGAGGCCGAAUAACUCAUCUGAGCAAAGAGAACGCGGAACUUCGACAAGAUCGCGAUAAUUUGGAGAGUCAGUUGGAGAAAGCUAGACAACAAUUGUAUGAGCUUACGAAAGGAAAAAGUGUUGAUGAAUUCGAGCAGGAUAUUGUUGAUUUGAAAGAGAAGAAGACGCGCCUAGAAACUCAAAUCAUCGAAACCGAAACAGAAAUGGAGCUAUUGAAAGGAAAAAUCGAUUCAGUCUCACAAGAAAAUGAGGAUUUAAAGACGAAAGUUGGUCAGAUAAGACCAUUCGAAGACGAAUUCCGUCGGUUACGUGAUGAAGUUGAAGAGUUACGCAUGAAAGAAGCAGAUCACUCAAAGUUACAACAGGCUUAUGAGCAGCUGAAGAAUAAGGCGAAGGAUAGCAGUAACGAUAGAGCAGAGCUUCUUGUUCUACGCGAAAAAGUGAAGUCUUAUGUUGAACAUGGAAUGCUGUUAGAAGACGAGCAACGCAAGAAUAAGACAUUGCGUACGCAAAUGGGCUCCUAUAAAGCUCUUUCUGAAGAAAAAACUCGAGAAAAUGAUAAGCUUAUUGUUAAAGUGGAUAAGUUAGAACACGAACUUGCCACUGCUAAAGAUCGUUUGGCUGCUGCAGAAACUCGAGUUGAGGGGCUUGUUCAGGAAAAAUUACUUCUGGAAAACAAAAUAGCUCAUGAAUUGGUGCACGUGGAUAGCGCCCACAGUUUGCAUGCAUCCAUGCUCGAGUCCAAUAACGGAGAUUCUUCGCUGGAUGGCAGCAUGAUGGAGGAUCGUAUUCGUAACCUUGAACUGGAGAAUUCUCGUCUACGCGAGAGAAUUAAAGAAAUGGAGGAGUUAGAAGUGGUAAAAGGUGAAAUGGAUGUUGUUAAAGGACGUAAUCAUGAGCUGGAAAGCGAGUUACGACUUGCUAAUAAGCGAAAAGCGGAACUUGAGGAUAAGGUGGAAGAAUUGGAACGUACUGUAGAGACAGCCGCUGCGUCUUCUUCUGGGGAUGUAACAGAAGUAAAACUACGGUCUGAGAAGAUGUCCAUCGAAAUAGAUCAAUGGAAGCAAAAAGCUGAGAUGUCAGAGAAGCGUGCUGCAGAAGCGCUAGAUGCCCAGCUGUUGGCACAAGGAAAAUUGAAGGAAAUGGAGGCUGAACUGCAAGAAGAACGAGAGUCAAAACGAUCAUAUUUGGAGAAAGCUCGUCAGAUAAUUAUAGAUCAAGAAAGGGCCGCUCAGUGUGCAGCCGAAGGCGGUUUGAGCCGCCAUGAAUUUGACUCGUUACGUCGUGAGAUUGAACAGAAAGACAGAAGAAUCAAACAACUUGAAGAACAAGCAGAACAGACGAACACAAUGCACGAACAGGAACAACGAUUACUUACCACAGCUUUCUAUGGAAUGGCCAAAAGAGUCGAUGAAUGCAGUCGAAUGACUGAGAGCAUGGAUUCGAGUCGGGAGAGAAGUUUCCUCUCACGACAAAAACAGGCGAAUGCAUUUAAUCUUCGUGUGGUGCUACCGUGGUUGCUGGUCUUACUGCUCGUCACGUAUGUUGUGAUCGGCAAUAUUCGCAGUUCGUUGAGAUUAGCGUGGUGGUCAGCAAGGAAGGCUAUCUCUGAACAAUCACAUAAAAGUAGGGCAGAGAUCCAAUUCUUACAAACUGAUGUCUUUGGGGAGAUGUCUUGGGAUUUGAAGGAAACUAAACUCGAAGAAGAAGAAGAUUAA